AUGGCGUCGGCUCCUAUAUCCGGCUCUCUUUACCCUCGAGGGCGCGAACAAUGGCUUCAGGUCCUACGGGCAACUCUUCGAGAAUGUACCUACCUCCCUGAUCCCAUCGCGCGGGCCUACACGUCUGGUUAUGUCCUCGACCGAUAUCGACAAGCAAAGAAGCAGGCAAAGAAAUCGCAUAUCACCGAAGCUGAUCGUGCUCGCAAGGCCAGAAAAGGCCUAUCAUUGCUUCGGAGAGCAAAUGAAGGAUAUCAAAGCCCCCUGGAGAAAGUCUUGCAUUCUGCAUACGGGCGCAUUGGAGAACAACGUCACACAUUUUUAAAUCGUUUACUCGACCAUGAUAUCCCAACCGACGCCAAAUCACUGGAGAAAUUGGUCCAUGGACCCUCGAUAUAUCAAGAUGGCUGGGAACCUCCAGCGAUCAUUAUGAGUCUUAUGAAGUCACAAAUGAACAAUGGCCACCUUUCAACUAAAAGUGUUCGGCCGAGCGUGAAGAGCCUCCAGCCAAAUAUUCCCGAGCACAACAGCUGGGGGACUACUCUCAGUCCUACGCGCCGCAUAAAUAUGCGUAGGAAGUGGUAUACCGAUACAUUGAACUGUUUACUACCACCAUUACCGGAUCACGAAUUGACCAUUUUGGACGGCUUAAUUUCAGGUACGUUGCCGUGGGCGCCGGUAAAGCGAAGGAAGAUGGCGUCUCCUCCAGCCACGCAAGAAGGCCACCUUGUGGAGUUCUUGACAGACGGGCCGCAGAAAGGCUGGACAUUUGCCAAAUACGCCGAUGGCCGGCCACAUAAGAUCACCGCGAGAUUUAUGCACCGUCAAUGGCGACGUGUCUCUGCCCUUGUCCCACGAAUGCAGUGGAAUGCGAUAUCUUCGAGGUGGAAUUUUGUCUGGGAUUCUCCAAAAAUUUUACCGCAGUUGAGCUUCAAUUUGGCCGAAGAGGUGGAACCCGACGACAUCUUUGCUUACGAGAAGCAGACUCCUGCAAAGUACCCGCAAAAGGCUGAAAUUCGACUGAAUUCACCUGGUGAACCGAAAAUCUGA